GCAAAGUCGAAAAUCUGGCGGUAAACACUGCUGCGUCGCGAUCCGCGAAAAAAUACAUAAAAAACCAAAGCAAAACAAAAAAUUAAAAAAGAAAAAACAAAUAAAAACCCGCCAGCCAAGCGAAGGAGAUGAAUCGAACUUCGCUGUCCAGUGGCAGCACCAGCCGCAGACUUCCGGCUCUCUUGUUUGUCCUGCUGCUCUGCCUUGUGGCCCGGACCACCGGUCGUCCUUCGACAGAGGACGAGAGCGACUUGGCCAUCAUUCCGCCCGAUGCCGACAAUGUGGAGAUCCAUAAAGUAAAAAUAGUGAACGGUGUCAUGCAGGAGGAUCAUCCGGUUAUCAUGUAUAAGGAGGACUUCGUCAGCGAGGAUUAUGAUCCAACCAAAACUGAAUCGAGUCCUAGUCACCACAAGAAGCACAAGCGGACGCGUCACCAUCAUGCGAAGCAAGUAAUAGAAAAGAAGGAGGACCAGAUCCUUUUCGACAUUCUGCCCGACAAGCCGAUCGUCCUGGAGGAAGACCUGAAGGCUCUCCCGCCCCGCAAAGUUGAGGCUGCACAACUGGCGGAACCCAUCAAGGAAGAGUGGCUGGCCAAGCAUCCCAAGAAGUACCAUAGUCGACAGCGACGACAGGCUCCUGCAAAUUAUGAGAAAGUCCUUCAGUACUACUACAACCUUCCCGAAAUAAAAUUCGUGCCGCCAUUAUCCUAUCCGCAUAUUCGGUAUUCGGUGAAGGGUAAGAAACCCCAUCUGGUGGGGCCUUCGAAUCGUAAGAACCAGGGCCAGGAGAAUAUCCCAACACCAGACAUAGUUGGUCCUAGAGGUGAAUUCGAUUUGGUACACAAUUCAAAUCCAGAGGAUGCGGAUUUUGCAAUCUACAACCGUUCGUCGACUACCACUCCAAGGCCAAGCUUUCAAGUCAAUGAUAGCGAUUUCGUGACGUUGGCACCAUCGGCACCAUCGGCACCAUCGGCACCAUCGGCACCAUGGGCACCAUCCGCACCAUCGGUACCAUCGGCACCAUCGUGGCGUCCACCGAACAAACUACCCCGGCCACCACCCACCCGGAGCCCCGUUGUGGGACUCCCCACCAUCCGGCCCAAUUCAAGGCCGCCCCCACCGUCAGGGGUGGCUUAUAGUGAGCCCAAGGUCAGCAAGUGUGUGUGGGCGAUCGUCAACUGCUGCACGAGCGAGAGCAAGAAGGUGCGGUACAACUGCUUCGAGGAGUUCGGAUGCCAUGGAGCCUUCUGGGACAUCAAUCCGUGUGCCGAUGAAGGCGUGAAGCAAGCUAAACUCGUGCCCCUAGUCGGAUUCUCACCCCCCGUGUUUACCCCACCCAUACGAGCCCGUCGUCCGUCCUCCAGGAAAGACGCCUUCCAGUUUCCCCAGGACAUCGGCUACCAGGAAAACAGCAACUGCCAGCGGGCCUCGAGGCUCUGCUGCGCCCAAAGAAAUAUUGGAUCCCAGUACGACUGCUUCCACCACCACGGCUGCAGCGAAAGCAUCUCGACCAUUGUCUCCACCUGCUCCUAGGAAACGGGGAUGUCUCUGAGUCCAUAUGUGUCCACAUAUGCAUUGCAAAGUUGCCUGCUUCACGAGCCUCGCGUUUCGAUAGCCCCAUUUGCACCCUUAGUAUUCACGGAUAAGUCCUGGAACUUACAUAUAAAAUAAUAAAUACCUUCUAGUCGGCUAUGCCAGUGGGGCUGGCCAAAUUAUUAAAGAAUAUACUGUAUUGAACU